AUGAUAAAUAAUAUUAGUAAUAAUAGUAGCAAAAGUAUUAUUAUAAGUUGUAACAGUGAAGAGUCUGGCAAAGUUCCAGCCACCACCACCACCACCACCACCAUUACAUUAACAACACCACAACCUUCUAUAACCACUACAUCAAUACCACCACCACCACAACAACAACAACAACAACAACAACAACAACAACAACAACAACAACAACAACAACAACAACAACAACAACAACAACAACAACAACAACAACAACAACAACAACAACAACAACAACAACAACAACAAUCUUCAUUUAAAAUGAAAAGAAAAUUAGGAUUAACUAUAACUGUUGAUAAAUCAAAAGAUUUCGUAAUAACAACACUCCCAAAUUUAAAAAAUAAUAAUAUCAAUUACAAUAACAAUAAUAAUAAUAAUAAUAAUAUUAACAAUAAUAACAAUAAUAACAUUAUUAAAUUUAUAAAUGAACCAAUAACAUUAGAAGAUUCAGAUUCAUCCUCUUCUUCAUCCUCUUCAUCUUCUUCUUCAUAUUCUGAACCAACAACACCAUCAAACUAUAUGAAUUUGGCUUCACCAAAAAGGAACUUUAAUUUAAAAUUAAAUUUAGAAAAUAUAAGACCAAAUCUUAAUAUGUUAAAUACUUAUGAUACCCCAAUUUUAAUGGAUCCAAUUAACAAAAAACUUAAUAAUAAUACUUUUAAUAAUAAUAAUAAUAAUAAUAUACAUAAUAACUUUAAUAAUAAUUUUAAUAAUAAUAUAAUACGAUUAGAAAAAAUUGAUAUAAAUAAUAAUAAUAAUAAUAAUUGUAACAAUAGUCAAAUAGAUUUAAAUAAUAAUAAUAAUAUAAUAAAUUCGAAUAAUAAUAAUAAUAAAAAUAAUAUACAUAAUAAUAUAGAUAAUAAUAAUAAUAAUAGUUUAAAUAAUAAUAUAAAUAGUGAUAAAAUUGAAGAACCACUUGAAAGUUCAAGAUGGUUAGGAUGUGAUUUGGAUAAAUUAAAAACGUAUGAUCCAAUUUGUUCAAAGGUUACAGAUUAUCUUUAUAUGGGUAGUGAGACGGUUGCUUCAAAUUUAGAGAUACUGAAAUCAAAUGGUAUAACUCAUAUCAUCAAUGCAUCCCAUCAGUGUGAUAACUUUUUUCAAGAUAAUCCAAUGUUUGAAUAUAGAAAACUACACUUACGUGAUAGUCCAUUGGAAGAUAUUUCUUUGGUAUUUGAACAAGUCAUAGAAUUCAUUGAGCGUGCAAUAGCUUGUAAUGGCAAGAUUUUCAUUCAUUGUCAAAUGGGUGUCAGUAGAAGUAGUUGUCUUUGUAUGCUUUGGAUUAUGAAAACCACCCGUUGUUCAUUGGAGGAGGCUUCAGAUUUGGUUAAACAAGUUCGUCCUAUCUCUAGACCAAAUGCUGGUUUUCAAUUAUCACUUUUAAAUUGGGCCAUUAAAGAGGGUAUCCAAGCGCCAAACUCUCAUCGUUGCUCAACAAAUGUUCAAACAAAUUAUGCUUCCUCUCAAUUUCAAUCUUUGUCUUUAUCUCCAACCUUAGUUGCAACUCUAAUGAAUCAACAACAACAAUUACAAUUACAACAAUUACAACAACAACAACAAUUUCAAUUAUUACAACAACAACAACAACAACAACAACCACAAAAUUAUUUAAAUAAUAUUAAAGAUGAAGAAAAUAAUCAAAAUAAUUAA